AUGUCCGGGAAAGGCGGGAAAGGCAAAGGCAAGACUCGCGGCGGCGGCCCUGGAGGAGCUAGCUCACAACGUCGCUCACGAAGCAGGAACACCACACCGGCCUCCACAAGUGCCUUCUCGGAAAUCACGCACCUGUCCACAGAGGCGAUCGGGAAUCUACGUGUCAACUACGACGAGGUGCUGGAGAAGUACGUCAAUAACUCGUCAUCGGACUCGUCGUCAAUACCCACGUCGACAAACCUCUCGUCGCUACGCUCGGAGCUGCUGACGCUGGACUCGAAUGCGAAGGGGAGGGGUCGGGUGUGCAACAAGUCGCUGAGGGAUCUGUCAAGCAAGAUUGAACAGAAGAAGAUCGAAGAGAAGGAACGCCAGGAGAAGAUGGAACUGGAGCAGGAGCAGCAGGAGCGGAAACGGAAGGCAGCAGAGGAUGAGGAGGAGCGCGAGAAGAAGGCGGAGCGGGAUAAGGUCAAGGAGGAUAAGGACCGGAAGAGAAAGGAAAAGAAGUCUGGGGAUGGAAAGAGGCCCCUGGCUGUUGGCGCGCAUCAAGCCACAGAUCAGGGCCCAUCAGAUAUCAAAGAGAAAAGGAAGAAACACAAAGGCGAAUCACCCUCACGUACUAGCACAUCUCCAUCGAAAUCCCGUACUUCAGACGCCGAACAUCAGCCAGCUCCAGCUCCCCCAUUUACAGUACUAGAAACCUUAGACGAUGAUCCCACCAUCUAUGAAAUCCCCACAUCAACCGAAGGAUGGCCCUACGAGAAGAAGGCGAAAGCAUUCUCCGUAACCCGCUUCCCCACCGUAGACCUGACAGACCUAGGUCCCGGCGAUCCUCCCGACGAGGACUUCUCCAAAGCGAAGCCGUCGAACCAGGUCGCCAUGAACACAUUCAACACAUACAUCGACCCUUAUUUCCGCCCAUUCUCAGAAGAAGACCUCGGCUUCCUCAGGGAAAGGGGGGAUAGGGUAACACCAUACAUCAUGCCUACACUAGGCCAACACUACUCUGAAGUAUGGGCAGCCGAGGACGGAGGCUUCGCGUCUCCUGCCCCAUCGAGUAAUAAAAAUCCCAAUGUACCAAAGGGCAGCUCUGACGCUUUGAGCGAUGACGUUCUUGAAAAAGAGGAAAUUUCAUGCGGACCAUUACUAUCCCGCAUAAUGGCCGCAAUGAUACCCGAAGAAGGAACCGUUGAUUCGGCCCCAGAACCAGAAACACCGACCCAUGACUCGGCGCCCUCGGCACCCUCUGCAACUACCAUGCCAGAGGCUACACAACCUGGAUGGAAGGUGCCUACAGGAAAAUCAGACUACUACACACUAGAAGAGCGAUUACAGAAGGAAAUGCAGUACAUAGGCUUGCUUGGCACAAAUAGCGAGCCCGACUGGAAGGCCCGGGAAGACGAUGACGUCAGUGCAAAGCUGCGAGAGCUGCAAAAACAGCUCCGGGAUCAGAGUCUUAUCAAUGGCGCGAGGAAGGCGCGGAUUGCGGAGCAUCUGAAGGAACAGUUGGCGCACCAGGAGUAUGCAACUAUUUUGGACGAUUUGGACAAACAGGUCGAACAAGCAUACUCGAAACGCACGCGUAACAUGAAGGCUACCAAGAAGAAGAAGUCGGCUCCCAAUGGUGUUGGUGUUGCCCAGGCACGUAUUGGUAUCGGCGAGGCGGCGCGCACACUCAUGGAGAGGAGAAAGAAAUGGAUGUCGUCAAUUGGGCCUGUGUUUGAUGAGAAUAUCACAAGGUUACCUACUGAGUCGAUAUUCCAGUCGAUGGAGGAGCUGCUAGAGAAGGAGAAGGAGGGCGCGGCGGAGGACGAGUAA